AUGCCGGCCGCGUUCAACCAACAGUUCAGCGACCCGCGCCAGUUUUCCCAAUCCCCGCAGCCGACUCCAAAUUCCUAUAAUGCGUCCCCGAAUCAGUCGCCCUACGGGGCUGGCAGAGGCAACUGGGGUUCUCAGCAAUUUUCUCCGACGCACCAAUAUCCCCCUCAAUACCCACAAACCAAUUUUGGCCCCCCAACUGGUCCGCAAGGCUCCUACACUCCAAAUCAAUCAUUCUCACCGCCACCAUCCGCUCCUACCGGGCCCAUGCAGCAGUUUUCCCAGGGAAACUUCAGAGGCAAUUUUCGCGGUGGUGGAGCUGCUUUCCGAGGAGGCCAGUUCGGCUCCGGCCGAGGUGGCUAUCGGGGCAAUGGCUUCAAGAGUGCUCAAUGGACGAACAACAAUCAUCCGUCUGGUUCGCGUGGACAGUUCAGCCAAGCUGAGGAUGCCAAUUCACAGCAGUCCGCCACUCCGGCUCAAAGCAAUCAAUCGGAUGUCGGCGACAACGCCACAGAGAGCGAUAACCCAUUCCGUCCGUCGAAAGACUUGCAGGUCGAAGAUACCACCCCGUCUGAGAAGACAGCUGAGAGUGAUACUCAGCGAACCAACAGAGUACCGCCCGCCGGUCCGGCUGCUCAGUCGUCGUCGAAGUUCAGCUUUGCGUUUAAGGCAUCUGCAAAGCCCACUCCGACGGCGCCUAAGCCGGAGAUCUCUCAGAAGUUCAACGCUGCUCCCCAACGGCGCGAUGCUCCCCAGCAGAACGAUUCAAGGGAUCGCGACCGAGACCGAGACCGUGAUCGUGACCGCGAACGUGAUCGGGAUCGUGGCCACGACCGUGACCGCGACCGCGACCGAGGCAGAGAUCGUGAACGUGAUCGAGACCGUGAGCGAGACCGUGACCGCGACCGCGACCGCGAUCGGGAUAGAGAUCGGGAUCGAGACAGGGGCCGGGAGAAAGAAAAGGAGAAGGAGAAAGAGAAGAAGGCCAUCGACAAGGACAUACUGCGCAGUGCUCCAACCGAACCUGCGUCAGCCAGGGCACGACAGGACCGGCAUCAGCCCCCUCCCGGACCACGCCAGCCUGCUCCUCCGAGAACACGCAAGAUAAAGAAGACGAUGAAGCGGCUCAAGCCUGGACCAGUCUUGCCCGAAGACUUGAAGAAGUCAGACUCGGUUUACUUUCGCAAGCCUGGCAACGAAUCUGUGGUAGGUUCCGGUACGUACGGAAAAGUCUUCAAGGCGUUGCAUGUGUACACCAAGGGCCUGGUGGCUCUCAAGCGCAUCCGCAUGGAAGGUGAAAGAGACGGGUUCCCAGUCACGGCGGUCCGAGAGAUCAAGUUACUCCAGUCACUGAGGCACACCAACAUUGUUCAGUUGCAAGAAGUCAUGGUCGAGAAGAACGACUGCUUCAUGGUAUUUGAGUACCUCUCCCAUGACCUGACGGGUAUUCUGAAUCAUCCGACCUUCAAGUUGGACGCAGCUCAGAAGAAGCACAUGGCCAAGCAGCUUUUUGAUGGUCUCGACUACCUGCACAAGCGUGGCGUCCUCCACCGCGACAUCAAGGCUGCCAACAUUCUUGUCAGCAGCGACGGAAUCCUCAAACUGGCAGAUUUCGGUCUGGCUCGUUUUUAUGCAAAGAGGCACCAGCUGGAUUACACCAAUCGAGUUAUCACUAUCUGGUACCGUUCACCAGAACUACUACUCGGAGAGACACAGUACGGACCGGCUUGCGACGUCUGGAGCGCUGCUUGUGUCAUGGUGGAGAUCUUCACUCGCCAUGCCAUCUUUCCAGGCGACGGAAGCGAGAUCAACCAGCUGGACAAGAUUUAUGCCGUAAUGGGAACUCCAAACAAAGCUGAGUGGCCAGGUCUCGUCGACAUGGCCUGGUUCGAACUCCUGCGACCAGGCUACCGCAAAGCAAAUACUUUCGCCGAGAAGUAUCAGGAGAGACUGCCUCCUGCUGCUUACCGACUUCUGGCUGCCAUGUUCCGCUACGAUCCUGCGAAGAGGCCCUCCGCUGCGGAAGUUCUAGCCGACGAAUAUUUCACCUCCGAAGACCCUCCUCCUCGGCAGGCUGUGGAGCUUGCAACGCUAGACGGCGACUGGCACGAGUUCGAAUCGAAGGCCCUGCGACGCGAAAACGAGCGUAAGGAGAAGGAGGCUCGGCGAGCUGCAGCGGCAGCGUCGUCUGGAAAGGACAACAAAUCAAGAGAUCGAAAAAGAGAGAACGAGGCUCAUGACGAGCGUGGCGAAGCGAAGAGAGUACAACUUGAGGGCAAUGCUGCAGUCCCUGCGGAACGUCCGAAAGCCUAG